AUGCGAUUUAUUCCUGCACUGACAAAUUAUAUAGUUCCUGUAAUCGUUGAGCGAGUACGUGAAUUAGUUUCCUUACAAUGGCAUCAGCCAAAUACUGAUCGUACCAACCACCCAUUAGAAGUGGCACCUACAGUCCCUACAUCUUCUACUACUGCUAACAUUGAUGAGGUUCAUGCAUUGGGUUCUGAUGAUGACUUGUCCUACUCUUUAGUACUCAAUGGUGGCCUUACCAAGCAUUUUCAAGCCAAGAGAGGGAUUAGGCAAGGGGAUCCAAUGUCUCUUUAUCUAUUUGUUAUUGCAAUGGAGGCAGACACAAGUUCAGUAAAAACAAUGCAGGAAGCCUUUAACAGGUUUUCUGUUGCAUCUGGACUGCAGGCUAAUGCAUACAAAAGCUCAAUGUAUAUAGCUGGUGUUCCACAACAUAUCAAGGAGCUAUUACUUGAUCUUACAGGAUUCACAGAGGAAUUUAUUCUCUUUAAGUACCUGGGGGUUCCAUUGUCUGCUAAGAAGCUGAAUAUACACCAAUGCCUACCACUAGUGGAAAGGAUUACUGAAAGAGUAAACUACUGGUCAGCUAGGAUGCUAUCCUAUUCUGGAAGGAUACAACUUAUUAAAUCUGUGUUGUUUGGAAUUCAAACAUACUGGGCUCAAAUUUUCCUAUUGACUAAGAAGAUCAUAAAGAUGAUAGACACAAUAUGCAGGACAUUUCUUUGGACUGGAUCAAAUGCCAUUUCAAGAAAAGCAUUGAUAGCAUGGGAUAAGAUCUGUCAACCAAAAGCUGCUAGGUUGAACAUCAUCAAUAUGAGGAUAUGGAAUAAAGCGGCAAUUCUGAAACACCUAUGGGCUUUGACAAUAAAGAAAUAUGUUUUAUGGAUCAAAUGGACACAGAGUUAUUACAUAAAGAACAAAGACAUCAGAAAUGGACAUACCUAA